UUUCCGACUACAAAACACGAAAAAGAAAUCAUUAACUAGCUCGCUCUAACUUUCCGCAAGUAUUCAAAAUGACUACAUAUACAGAUAAAGGUCCCAAGCCUUUAGGAGGAAAAUUCUUGUGCUUCGAUCACCUCAAAUUCUGGGUUGGAAAUGCAAAACAGGCAGCCAGUUAUUACUGCACUAGAUUGGGUUUUGAACCUUUGGCUUAUCGUGGUUUAGAGACUUGUUCCAGGCGCGUGGCGUCACACGUCGUUAAACAAAAUCAGAUUAUUUUUGUAUUUGAAUCAGCUUAUGAACCUGAUGAUGAAGAAAUGGCAAACCAUCUUUCCCGACACGGAGAUGGUGUUCGUGAUAUUGCUUUUAAUGUUGAGGACAUAGACAUCAUUGUAAAAAUCGCAAGAGAAAGAGGUGCCAUAAUAGUAAAAGACAUAUGGGAAGAAAAUGACGAAUAUGGUAUUGUGAAAUUUGCUACCAUAAGUACCUACGGAGAUACAUAUCAUACGCUAAUAGACAGAUCCAAGUAUAAUGGAUUCUUUUUGCCAGGGUUUCAAAAGCUAUCAGAAGACCCAUUUUUAAAGACUUUACCAAAAGUAGAAUUAAAUUUUGUUGACCAUAUUGUUGGCAAUCAAUCUGACAAACAAAUGGAACCUGUUGCAAAAUGGUAUGAACGAUGUCUGCAAUUUCAUCGAUUCUGGUCAGUAGAUGAUUCUCAAUUACACACAGAAUAUUCAGCUCUGCGUUCCAUUGUCAUGACAAAUUGGGAAGAAACAGUGAAAAUGCCUAUUAAUGAACCAGCCCCUGGCAAAAAGCGUUCCCAAAUCCAAGAAUAUGUUGAAUAUUAUGGGGGAGCAGGAGUGCAACAUAUUGCUCUUAAUACAAACAACAUAAUUACAGCUAUACAAAAUCUGCAAACUAGAGGGGUAGAGUUCCUAGAUGUUCCAGACACUUACUAUGAUAUGUUAAGAAACCGUCUGAAAACCAGUGGUGUACAAAUUUUAGAAGAUGUCAAUAUACUUCAAAAAUUAAAAAUUUUAAUCGAUUAUGAUGAAAAUGGAUAUCUUUUACAAAUAUUUACUAAAAAUAUGCAAGAUCGCCCAACUCUUUUUAUAGAAAUCAUUCAAAGGCAUAAUCACAAUGGAUUUGGAGCUGGAAACUUCCAAGCACUAUUUCAAGCUAUUGAAAUGGAGCAAGCUAAACGUGGCAAUUUGUAAAAUUCAUAUUUUUAAUACUUAUGUCAAUUAAGAUAAAAUACAAUUAUAUAUAGCAGCUUGUUUUUUAAAAAUCAUGCUUUUCACCUUCAUUACAUUAAAAUUUUGUUAUACUGCAAGUUGAAAAAUAGAAACUACCAUCGUGUUAUUAAUUCCAGAUAUUGUAUUUAAUGAUCAAUAUUUGUUUUACAAAAGUACAUCACGUAGUAUAAGGAAAUAAAAUAUGUAACAAUACAAUUUAAAAAGUAAUAAUCAAUCAUUAAAA